CGGGCAGGCGGCGAGCGGGGAGACCCCGGCGCGGCAGAGCCAUGGAUGGCCCGACGCGGGGCCAUGGACUCCGCAAAAAGCGGCGGUCGCGGUCGCAGCGAGACCGGGAGAGGCGCUCCCGGGGCGGGCUGGGGGCCGGCGCGGCCGGCGGCGGCGGGGCCGGCCGGACCCGGGCGCCCUCGCUCGCCUCGUCGUCGGGCUCCGACAAGGAAGACAAUGGGAAGCCCCCGUCCUCCGCCCCGUCCCGGCCCAGACCCCCGCGGAGGAAGCGGAGAGAGUCCACCUCGGCCGAAGAGGACAUCAUUGAUGGAUUUGCCAUGACCAGCUUUGUCACUUUUGAAGCGCUGGAGAAAGAUGUAGCACUUAAGCCUCAGGAACGGGUGGAGAAACGCCAGACCCCUCUGACCAAGAAGAAACGAGAAGCACUUACCAACGGCUUGUCCUUUCACUCCAAGAAGAGCAGACUCAGCCACCCCCACCACUACAGCUCAGACCGAGAAAAUGACCGCAAUCUCUGCCAGCACCUCGGGAAGAGGAAGAAAAUGCCGAAGGGACUCAGACAGCUCAAGCCAGGGCAGAACAGCUGCAGGGACAGCGACAGUGAAAGUGCCAGCGGAGAAUCCAAGGGCUUCCACAGGAGCAGCUCUCGGGAAAGACUCAGCGAUAGUUCAGCUCCUUCCAGCUUGGGAACAGGCUACUUCUGUGACAGCGACAGUGACCAAGAAGAGAAGGCCUCAGAUGCCAGCUCUGAAAAACUCUUCAAUACUGUUAUUGUAAACAAAGAUCCGGAGCUUGGUGUCGGCGCGCUACCCGAACACGACGGCCACGAUGCGGGGCCCAUUGUCCCCAAGAUAUCGGGUCUAGAGAGGAGCCAGGAGAAGAGCCAGGACUGCGGCAAAGAGCCCAUCUUUGAGCCCGUGGUGCUGAAAGACCCCCGUCCUCAGGUCCCGCCGCCGCCGCCCCAGCCCCAGGCGGAGCCCCCGCCCCGAGCGCCUUCUCCGGACCCCGCCUCGGGGCCGCGCGCUGAGCCCCCGCCGCCGCCCCCGCGCCCCGGCGCCCAGCCGCCCGCGCCCCCGGAGGCCCCGCCGCAGCCCGCGCCGCCCCCGGCGCCCCGGCCGCCCCGGCCGCAGUCCCCCGGGCCGCUGCCGCCUGUGCAGGCCCACCCCUCCCAGGGCCUCCCCCAGCCUCUGUCCGCCUACAACAGCAGCAGCCUGAGCCUCAACAGCCUCAGCAGUAGCAGAAGCAGCACUCCAGCAAAGACUCAACCCGCGCCCCCUCACAUCUCCCACCACCCCUCGGCCUCCCCAUUCCCCCUGUCACUGCCCAACCACAGCCCCCUGCACAGCUUCACGCCCACCCUCCAGCCCCCCGCACACUCACAUCACCCCAAUAUGUUUGCCCCUCCCACUGCUCUGCCUCCUCCACCACCUCUGACAUCAGGGAGUCUGCAGGUGCCUGGACACCCGGCCGGGAGCACGUACUCAGAGCAAGACAUCUUGCGACAGGAACUGAACACGCGUUUCUUGGCCUCUCAGAGUGCUGACCGCGGGGCCUCCCUGGGCCCUCCGCCCUACCUGCGGACCGAGUUCCACCAGCACCAGCACCAGCACCAGCACACGCACCAGCACACGCACCAGCACACCUUCACGCCCUUCCCCCACGCCCUCCCGCCCACUGCCAUCAUGCCGACGCCAGCACCUCCCAUGUUUGACAAAUACCCUACAAAAGUUGACCCAUUCUACCGGCACAGUCUCUUCCACUCUUACCCUCCUGCCGUAUCCGCCAUCCCCCCUAUGAUUCCGCCCACUGGCCCUUUCGGUUCACUCCAAGGAGCAUUUCAGCCGAAGACAUCCAACCCCAUCGAUGUUGCUGCCCGACCUGGGACGGUCCCACACACGCUCCUCCAAAAGGACCCGAGGUUGACAGAUCCUUUCAGACCUAUGUUAAGGAAACCAGGGAAGUGGUGUGCUAUGCAUGUUCACAUUGCCUGGCAGAUCUACCACCACCAACAGAAGGUCAAGAAACAGAUGCAGUCAGACCCACACAAGCUGGACUUUGGCCUGAAGCCCGAGUUCCUGAGCCGUCCCCCGGGUCCCAGCCUCUUUGGAGCCAUCCACCACCCCCACGACCUGGCACGGCCUUCGACUUUGUUCUCUGCCGCUGGUGCUGCACACCCAACGGGGACCCCUUUUGGGCCGCCUCCUCAUCACAGCAACUUCCUCAACCCUGCUGCUCACCUAGAGCCUUUUAACCGGCCGUCCACGUUCACGGGCCUGGCAGCAGUCGGUGGCAAUGCCUUCGGGGGACUUGGCAAUCCUUCCGUUACACCCAACUCAAUGUUCGGCCACAAGGAUGGCCCCAGUGUGCAGAACUUUAGCAAUCCUCACGAGCCCUGGAACCGGCUGCACCGAACGCCACCGUCGUUCCCGACCCCUCCGCCCUGGCUGAAGCCAGGGGAGCUGGAGCGUAGCGCGCCCGCUGCAGCUCUUGACAGAGAUAGAGAUGUAGAUAAACGAGACUCAUCUGUUAGUAAAGAUGACAAAGAAAGGGAAAGCGUCGAGAAGAGACACCCCAGCCACCCUUCACCAGCACCUGUCCUCCCGGUGAGCACCCUGGGGCACAGCCGCAGCUCCACCGAACAGAUCAGGGGCCAUCUGAACACCGAGGCUCGAGAGAAAGACAAAUCCAAAGACAGGGAGCGCGACCACUCGGAAUCCCGCAAGGACCUGGGCGCCGACGAGCACAAGGCGAAGGAGGGCCCCCUGCCCGAGAAGGACGGCCACGGCCACGGCCACGAGGGCCGCUCGGCGGGCGAGGAGGCCAAGCAGCUGGCCCGGGUGCCGUCGCCCUACGCUCGGGCGCCCGUCGCCGACAGCGCCCGGCCGGGCAGCGCCGCCAGCCGCGAGGCCGAGGCGCGCAAGGGCGAGCCGGCCUACGAGAACCCCAAGAAGAGCGCCGAGGUCAAGGUGAAGGAGGAGCGCAAGGAAGACCACGACCUGCCCCCCGAGGCCCCGCAGACCCACCGGUCCUCGGAGCCGCCGCCGCCGCCGCCCAGCUCCUCGGCCAGCGUGCACCCGGGGCCCUUGGCCUCCAUGCCCAUGACCGUGGGCGUCACGGGCAUCCACCCCAUGAACAGCAUCAGCAGCCUGGACAGGACUCGCAUGAUGACGCCCUUCAUGGGCAUCAGCCCCAUCCCGGGCGGAGAGCGCUUCCCGUACCCUUCUUUCCACUGGGACCCCAUCCGGGACCCCUUGAGGGAUCCCUACCGGGAACUUGACAUUCACCGGAGAGACCCGCUGGGCAGGGACUUCCUGCUGAGGAACGACCCUCUGCACCGUCUCUCGACCCCCCGGCUCUACGAGGCCGACCGCUCCUUCAGGGACCGGGAGCCCCACGACUACAACCACCACCACCACCACCACCACCACCCUCUGUCCGUGGACCCGCGGCGGGAGCACGAGCGCGGGGCCCACCUGGAGGAGCGCGAGCGCCUGCACAUGCUCCGGGAGGACUACGAGCACCCGCGGCUCCACCCCGUGCACCCCGCCUCCCUGGACGGACACCUGCCCCACCCCGGCCUCAUCACGCCGGGGCUGCCCAGCAUGCACUACCCCCGGAUCAGCCCCACGGCGGGCCACCAGAACGGACUGCUCAACAAGACGCCCCCCACGGCGGCGCUGAGCGCGCCUCCCCCGCUCAUCUCCACGCUGGGGGGCCGCCCCGUGUCCCCCAGAAGGACUACGCCUCUGUCGGCAGAGAUCAGGGAGCGGCCUCCCUCCCACACGCUGAAGGACAUCGAAGCCCGGUAAGGAGCAAGCAGGACACGGAGAUGAAG